AUGGCCUACGACCGCUAUGUUGCCAUCUGCAAGCCCCUGCACUAUGGGAGCCUCCUGGGCAGCAGAGCUUGUGCCCAGAUGGCAGCAGCUGCCUGGGGCAGUGGCUUUCUCAAUGCUGUCCUGCACACAGCCAGUACAUUUUCCCUUCCCCUCUGCCACGGCAAUGCUGUGGAGCAGUUCUUCUGUGAAAUCCCCCAGAUCCUCAAGCUCUCCUGCUCAGAUGCCUACCUCACGGAAGCUGGGGUUCUUCUGGUUAGUGCCUGUUUGGGUCUUGGCUGCUUUAUUUUCAUUGUGGUGUCCUAUGUGCAGAUCUUCAGGGCUGUGCUGAGGAUGCCCUCUGAGCAGGGCCGGCACAAAGCUUUUUCCACGUGCCUCCCUCACCUGGCUGUGGUCUCCCUGUUUAUCAGCAUGGCCAUGUUUGCCUACCUGAAGCCCCCCUCCAUUUCUUCCCCAUCCUUGGACCUGGUGGUUGCAGUUUUAUAUGUGGUAGUGCCUCCAGCAAUGAACCCCCUCAUCUACAGCAUAAGGAGCAUGGAGAUCAAGCAUGUACUCUGGAAAGUUAUGCGUAGAUAUGGUCAAGAUGCAAUACAUUUACAAUCUGCUUCUGUAGAUAACUCAUAA